UCAUGAUAUGGGUUAAUUGGAGCAUAUUUUUGCCACGUAUAUUAUGAAUCUUAAAAAAAAUUGACAAUUGUUUUGUUUCUAUUACCUGCUAAUAGAAUUGGGUUUAAUUUGCAAAUGUAGCUUGAUUUAAACUCUAUCACCGAACAGAAGAAAUAUUUUGCCUUAACUGAAUUGCUAGCUCUCAGUGGGUUUGAGUGGAAUGAAGAGAAAAUGAUGUUGGCUUGUGAGAAAAGUGCGUAUGACGAGGCUACGAAGGGUAAAAAGGAUGCAAGUGGAUUGUACGAUAAGCCUUUUCCGCACUACCACAGUUUGGGAGAGAUUUAUGCAAAAGAUCGUGCUAUGGGUGCAAAUGCUGGUAACGCUGAUGACGAUGAAGAAGAAGUUAGACUUAAAGAUGCCAAUGUCAAUCAACAUGAAGGUGAGGAUGAAAGUGGAAAUGACUUUGAUACUUCUUUCUCAGUACCAAAUACCCAACAACAAAGGAAUGCAGAAAGUAACACAUCAAACAUUAGUCGCAAAAGGACAAGAGUAGCGGAUGAAAUGGCCAAGCAAUUCUCUAUUAUGGCUAAAGCUAUAGCCGAUGUGGGACCUAAGAUUGAUGGUCUAGUUCAUGCACUGUCAACCGAUAUAAAUCUGACCGAAAUGCAACAAAAACUUGACAGUGAGUUGACCAAAAUGGAGUUUUUGUCUCCCAUGGAUUUAUUUAAAGUCACUAACUUCUUGGCCAAAGAACAUGACCUUUUGAGGGUGUUUUUCAACAUGUCUGAUGAAAGGAAGAGUGCAUAUGUGACUACUUUGUUGCAGACUUGGAUGCAUAACGACAUCUAAGUGAUGGUCCAAAUAAUGUGAAUGCUAUUUUUUUGCUAUGACGUGCUUACUGCCAUAAUGACAUAUCAGGGAAAAUUGUGAAUGUUUUGUAAAUCUAAUGACUUAUUAGAUGACACCAUAAUGGUGAAGAACUACUUUUUGUUGAUAUUAUGAUGUUUAGGCAGGUUAAGAAUAUUUUGUUGACAAUCUGAUGUGUAGGCAGGUUAUGAAUAUUUGAUAAUAUGAUGCAUACGCAGGGUAUGACAAGUUUGCUUAGGUUGGUUAUGGUGGUUAGAUAGAUGUA